AUGGAAAGUAUACCAGAACAUCGAAAAUGGAUGUAUAAUCGAUUGUUACCUGGAAAGAGGGGAAUCAGUAAUGAGUUUUUAGCUGGUGUUGAGCAAUUUGUUAAGUAUGCAUGUACGCUUUCUGUAUACGAGUUGACAAAUACAAUUAGGUGUCCAUGUAGUAAAUGCAAGAAUAGAGUACACUUAUCUACUGAUGAUGUCCGUGUUCACUUGUAUAAGAAAGGAUUUGAACCGUAUUAUUGGGUAUGGACUUGUCAUGGUGAACCUAUUCCUACAGUAAACGAGCGAGUUUUGGAGACACGUAACGAAAAUAAUCAAUAUGAAGCAAUGGUGUUUGAUGUAGGUGGUUCAUCAUUUAUUCCAUUUCAUGUGGAAAAUAACCAAGAAGAAGAGCCACAUACAAGUGCACAAAACUUUUAUGAUUUAUUAAACACGGCUAGACAACCUUUGUCACCCGGUUGUGUUGAAGAAACAGAGUUGUCAUAUGCAUUGAAGAUGAUGAAUAUAAAGGCCACUUUUAACAUUCCACAGCUAGCAAUGGAUCAAAUAUUUGAGUACAAUAAGCAUAUAAUGGGUCCAAAUAAUCGAGUGCCAUUUAGUUAUUAUGAUUCAGAGAAAUUGAUUUCAAAGCUGGGGCUUGAUCAUGAAAAGAUUGAUUGUUGUGUUAAUAGUUGUAUGUUGUACUAUAAGUCUGAUAUCAAUGAGCGACAUUGUAAGUUUUGUGGCGAGGCUCGGUUUAAACCACGACCGCCUACUUGUGCUCGUGGGAAAGAAGUUCCUAAGAAAAGGAUGCAUUACUUGCCUCUCAUCCCUAGAUUGCAACGAUUGUAUGCAUCACAAAGUUCUGCUGAGCACAUGAGGUGGCAUUAUGAAAAUCGCCGUCAACCAGGUAUUAUGUGUCAUCCUUCAGAUGGUGAAGCGUGGAAACACUUUGAUACUCAGUAUCCCGACUUUGCAGCAGAUCCUCGGAAUGUAAGACUAGGUUUGUGUGCUGACGGGUUUUGUCCUUUUGGUUUAAAUGCUAAAUCAUAUUCUUGUUGGCCGGUUAUGGUUGUUCCAUAUAAUCUUCCACCAUCAAUGUGCAUGACUACCCCGUAUAUAUUCUUAACUUGUAUUAUUCCCGGGGAACACAACCCAAAGGCGAAUAUUGAUGUCUAUCUGCAACCUUUAAUUGAUGAGCUUCAGUUGCUAUGGGAUACAGGGGUUCUAACUUAUGAUGUCUCGUUAAAGCAAAACUUUAUGAUGCGAGCUAUGUUGAUGUGGACCAUCAAUGACUUUCCUGCCUAUGGUAUGUUAUCUGGAUGGCAAACAGCAGGAAAACUAGCAUGCCCUUAUUGCACUCAUUAUACUAAAUCUUUCUAUUUAAAGAAUGGGCGUAAAACAUGUUGGUUUGAUUGUCAUCGACAAUUUCUUCCAAUGGAUCACCCUUUUAGAAAAAAUCGUGAUUCCUUCUUAAAACAUCGGGUAGAGAAAUCAAGACCCCCAAGGAUUUUGACAGGGGAAGAGUUGUUGCCUACUAUUGAGAUGUUGCCAAAAAUUACUGAUGGGCCAAUUGGUCGACUUGAAGGGUUUGGAUGUUCACAUAAUUGGAAGAAAAGAAGUAUAUUCUGGGAUUUACCAUAUUGGAAAGAUAACCUCCUCCGUCACAACCUUGAUGUCAUGCAUAUAGAGAAGAAUGUGUUUGAUAACAUCUUCUACACAGCUAUGGAUGUUAAAGGAACUAGAAAAAACAAAGACACGCCUGCUGCUCGUUUGGAUAUAAAAGAGAUAUGUCAUAGACCACAACUCGAAUUGGUGGAACAUAAUGGUCGAUAUCUUAUGCCAAAGGCGAGUUACAGUUUGAGCCGAGAUCAGCAGACAGUUGUGUAUGAGUGGUUAAGAACUCUAAAAUUACCUGAUGGCUUUUCUUCAAAUAUAAUGUCUUCUGCCAAGUGCCUUUAUAUUUUUACCAAAAUCACAUUGGAAGGCUUUAGUUGA